GAGCUCAAAUCUUCGUCUAGGGGCUUGGAAAUAGCAAAAUACGAUUUAUUCGCGUAAUAACGGAAUACGCAAAGAGUGAACGAUAUUACCACUUUUUGAGACUUUAUGUACAGGAUGUUUAGGUCGCAUUGAUAUAGAAAACACCUGUUUCGCUUGGGUACAUAACAUUUUGUACUUAAUAAAUUAGAAACGCUGGAAGGUUCAAAAAGGGACAACUUUGACGUGGUUUGACGUUGUUCUUGAACAGGGAGUUUAACCAAGGCUACCCUAGUCUGUAUAUAUAUAUAUAUUUGAAUAAAAACUUGCUAUUAUGUGGGAUAUACCAAACAUGCAAGAUAAUGAUGACGAGGAUGAUAUACCCAUUGGUAAUUUGUUUGCAAGAAGGAUGUUAUCCAGGCCCACAACAACAAGAAGUUACAGAAAUCCAAAGUCGUCAAACAACUCCGUAACUGACUAUGCUGAUCAAGAUUUGUCAAGUGAGAUCAAUGCCAUAAUUGGUGGCGCCCCAGUUAUUGAAACAAAAUGUAGUUGCAAAGGUUCCUGCCAAAAAAGGUGUGACUGUCGUAAAAUUGGGGUAAAAUGCACAGUUGGAUUUUGCCUAUGUGAUCCAUGUAAAUGCAAAAACUUCAGAGAGCAGGCUGCUGUAGUUAGUUCAAAUUUAGUAGAUGGGAAUAGUUACAAUGAUACAACUAGUAAUGGAUCAACAGAACCAGAAGAUGCAGUGGAAAAUAUUUCCUGUAAGUGCAAAGGUCGUUGUAUCCGAUGUCCUUGCAGAAAUAAUGGCAGCAAUUGUGAUGAUCAGUUUUGUGCUUGUGACAUAACAAAAUGUAAAAAUAAAAACGAAAUAGUAAGUACCAGCACAUUUCUGUGUAUAAUACCUAUAAAACAAAAUAUAAAAAAGUGUUAAUAAGUAUUUAUAUGUGUAUAUGGAAUAUGGUAGGUCACAUCCAAUAGAAAACGAAAAUAUAUUAGACCGGCUGAUGUUGGUGAUUUAUUAUCAAAAAGAUCAGCAGACACAAAGGAUGAAUGUGUUAAGUAUUGUGAAAGUCUUCAAAGCGAACAGUUAAGAGAAAUAUUAGCUGAUAUGGCAGAAAAAUCACCGAGCACUUGGAAAUUAGUGAAAUCUGACAUUGAGGGCCAUGGUAAUAGGAGAAGGACAGAGGACACCCCAGGCUGGUGUGUAUGUGGCCAAUGUAUAGAAAUGGAAGAAGAAAGGGAUCAAGUUUGCUGCCAAAAUAAUAUAAAGAACCAUGAAAAUGCUGAAUUCAGGCAUCUUAUUCUUGAUGACAGGGUUCUAGACCUUGCAAUGCGUGGAAACAGUGAUUGGCUUCAGUACCCAUUUGAUCCUGAAGAAAAUGCUUGCUGGCGAUACACUGCCUAUCGGCAGUACAUAAUGUGGUUUUGGGGACACUUAGGUAGUGGUAAUAGAAAAGUCAUACCCUCUUGCAUUUUACGAAAAAUCAGAGAACGUUUUCCUUCUGUAGAUGGAAUUUACAGAGGUUUUAUGGAUAGGUAUGAGGCUUUACGAUAAAAUAUAAAAUAAUGAAAAAUAUAGGCAGAAAAACUACACUACAUACCAACAGAUAAGAGUUAUUGGAGUUUCAUUUCUUCUCUUGCUUGAUGUUUUUCAAGUAAUAAUUCCAUGGGAGGAGCAGUUGUUGCAGCAAUAUUUUGACGUAAUGCUUUAGUACAUUCUCGUCCAAUCCCUACGCGAUUAACAUUUCCCCUGUCAACAUGACGUCUCCAUAGUAUUUCUGCCAUGAGUCCUAUAAUGCACAUAUAUAGAUAUACAUUUUUAUUCCUUUUUUAUAUAUACAUAUAUUUUACCAUAUGUUUUAGUUUUACAUAAUUUUAUUAUUGUAUAACUAUUGUUAAGAUAAUAAACGUUAGUUGAACUUAGAACAUACUUCGUAUAUAGAUAUAGUCCUUUGGUUUAGGUACUGCUACUAAAAACCAUUGCUUUGUCCUCUUUCCAUAUCUGCGGACAUAAACAAGUGAACCAUCUUUUUUUUGAAGCUGUCCUCGAUUUAAAUGACCGUUAAAGUCCAAAUAUGCUAAUUGAUGUCUGGUGAUGUAAGCAUCAUUUUUGUACCCAAUGCGCUUUGGACAGUAGGCUAACACUAAGUUAUGAAAUGCCUAAAUAAAAGUACAAAUCUUAGUAAGAAAACUCCUGUCCACAUAGCGUAUUUUUUUAAUUUAUUACAUAUACAACAUGUAACAUAAAAUAUAUUACAGUAACUUUUUAUAACAAAAUAUAUCAGUGUUAGUAACUCCUUUUACAAUGUUUACCUCUAAAAGACCUGUGUGUCGAUUUUUGGUGUAAUAUGCAAAGCUUUUUAGCCAAGAACUUUUCAUGACAUGCUUUCGAAUAAUUUCCAUAGAUGGUCCUGUUGGAUCUAACCAAGUUUUUCCUUCAGUAGGUUCUUCCAUAGGUUCGUGUUCGCAUUGUAAAUGGUCACCAGUUAUAUGCUUAAGUAAACGCAUCCAAAGAACUCGCAUUUUUAAUUCAUCCUCUUCACAGUGUGAGCAACAAUACCAAAAGUGAUUCCUUAUGGGUGCCAACCAAGGAUUAAUAAGUGGCUGCAGUUGUUUUUUCUUGGAGACCUAUAGUUCAUAUUAUAUUUGUACACUAUUGUAGUUUGUAUAAUAUAUUUCUGAUGGGUAUAAAAAAGUUAUGUUAUAUACCUCCUGAGAGAUUUUUUUUGUUAUUUUUCCUGCCUUAUGCCAUACAUCUAAACUGUGAUGUGUUGCUUUCAAUAUUGGUUCUUUUUCUACAAGUUAAUUCAAUAGAAUGUUGAGAACUGCUAGAAAAAAAGUUUAAAUAUAUAUAUAUUUAAAAAUCCUGACUUACUCAUCAAGCACUUUAUAGUUGCAUGAGCAUCAGUGCAUAUUUCAUCAAUUCUGAGAUCCUUUUUGCUGAUUAAGUAUUUCAUACCUUUCAUAAAUAAGUGUACUUCUAACUUCGUGGACUGAAGAUUGACCUAUCAAUAUUUUUUUUAGUUUACAAGUGUUUUGAAUUACUCAUGCAAUCAAAAUAGCAAAUAUCUUACUACCUCUCUUUUGUCACCAAAUUGCAUCAUAACUAAUUUUUUAGAUUGAUGAUCCAUGAAGGUAUAGGUACCCUUGGUAGCAGACCAACCAGGGGAAUCUAGCUGGCAGUCACCACAAAUGAUAACUUCGUCUUGAUGGGACAUGCUUUCAAUAAUGUCAUGUUCUAUAUCAUCAUAAGUCUGUUGCACUGCUGGACUUACAUAUAAUUUUUGAUUUUUAUAAAAGGUUGAAAUAUUAGGUUUUCCAAGUUGGACGAAUUUGCAAAAUCUUGAAAAUUGAUUUAUUUGACCACCUGACAAUACUAAAGCACUUUCGACAAUAUAAUUAAUAACGAACCCUGAACCAUAUAUGGGAGAUGAAUACCAAAAGUCUUUGUGACCUUUUAGACAUUUCCAAGUUAACUUGAUAGUAUAUCCUGAACAUAAUGUGAAUAUGUUAAGUUUGCUAUUUAUUUAGCAAUAAAACAUAUAUUAUAUAUAGAGAGGAUCUGUUCAUACCUAUAUAAAAGCUCUCUAUGUUAACAAUUUGUGCAUUACAGUCUUUUUCAUGACAGGUAUCCCCUAACAAGUAUUCUAACUGUCUAGUUGAUGCAAUGCAUUUAGGAUCGUCAAUUUUUUGAAAUUCGUCAUCCAAACUUCCAUAAUUACACCUAGAACACCAAUACUUUUGGCAAAACACUUGACAAACAUUUGCACAAUUCAUAUUUUUUUAAAUAAAUAUACAGUAUAGAAGGGACUGGGAGGGAUUCGAACCCUCAAUUAACGCUAAGCGUUUUCUCUACCAAUUGAGAUACACCAGCCCUAUAGCCAUAACUUAAUUUAAAUAUUUACCUAAUAUAUGGAUCUGAUGCCAAGUCAGGAUAUUCAAUUUCGUCAUCACCAAUGUCUUCCUGCCCUUCUGUUUCUUGGGCAAUUAAUUCUUCAACAUCAUCCAAUGUCACAUCCAAGGCUGAAACAUCAUCGUGGCUACAAGUAAAAUAUAUAUAAAUACACAAAUGAUUAUGUAUAUACCUUAUUAACCCAUAAACAAUCUAUAUAUACCUUGUAUCAUUUCCAAUAUCUUGGUCAUCAUUAAAAUUUAUUUUAGUUGGCUUUGCAGAUCUAAUUUAAUAAAAUAAAGCUUCUAAGAAAGCAUUCAAUUAGUAAGGACAAACAUAAUUAAAAUUAAUGUGUACCUUUUAAAACAGAUAGAAUGCUUUGGUUCUAAAUGUGGUGUUGAUUGGUUUAAAGGCCUAGUGAAAAAUAAAAUAUGUAUGAAAACAUUGGCAAAAGACUUGCACCUGCAAACAGUAAAGCUUUAAAAUCACAUAUAGCUAUAUAUAUAUCAUGCUUUCCAGAAACAAAUCAGCCAGCUACUCUUGUAGCUAUAUAAUUUACAAAUUUGCUGUAUAUACUUUAAUAUUUCCAUCGAUGGGAAAUUUGAAUCUUUUUUAGUACAUUCAAUCUCCAUUUCAGUUUUAGCCUUUUUUGAGCUAACAAUAACAGCACGUGGUGUAUCAUUAGGACCAGUUAUUGAAGACUUUGUGUUACUGCUGCUAUCAUAUGUUGGCGAAAGUAAGCAUGAGAGAGGUGAAGUAAAAGAAGUCGAUGAAUCUUUAGACGAGCUACUUGAUGACUGUCUUUUCUUUUUUAGUACUACAACUUCACCUAAAUAAAUAAAAUAAAAUUUUAUGUAACUUUCUAUAGCUAGCUAGAAGCCAUCAUGUCAAUAACUAUUUUUAUAAGAUAUCUGAUGUUUCUUUUUACUUUUAUACUAACUAAACUUAGCUGGCUAGGCAGUCUGACAAUCUGAUUAAAGUUAGAUCACAGUUUGCAAUUAUUUUCUUACUGCAUGGAGUAUGCACCAUUCUCUUUGAAGAGUUUAGUAACAUAAUACUGUUUCUGGAAUCUUUAUUGUGGUGUGCCCUCAAAACUUCAUGAACCCAAGUGAAGAAAUCUUGGUUGUAUAAAAACUUUAACUCUUCUUUUAGACGUAUUAAGUUCUCGUAGCACUCCUUUGCCUUCUCUCCAGUUCCAAGGUAAACUCUAUACUUGCUUCCCCUAACAAUCUUUGGUGCUUUUGAGGAGCUAGUGUGGUAGAAUAUUCUGCCCCCCUAGAAUAUUCUGCCCCCCCCGUAGUUGUGACUAAUUACUUUAAGUAUCAAAUAUUUGUCCGGCGAUUGCGUUAAAGAUGGCGGAGUUCGCUGUGCUGACUGUACACAAAGCUAUUAUAGGGAUAUAGACACUACAAAUCCAUCUUCAAAUUUUGUGUGACAAGUGGAAUAAAAUACAAUAAAGAAUAUAUUAAAAUAAAUGAAGACUGGAUCCGUUGACUAUUAAUUUUAGUGGUGCAGCCUUUUUAAAUUUGUAAAGGAUCAUGUUAGCAAUAAUAAAACAGACAAUUGGUUGGAAAAUAAGACUACGGCACAAACAGCUACAAUAAGAUCCAAAAGUAUAGGCAACGUCGAAAAGAUAUCACCUACAAAAUUGACCAAAUGAAUCGAAAAAACAAAGAUCACUAAAGUAUUGAUGAGAAUAUUUAGCUAAGCAAAUAGCUAAAAUGGGUAAUUCUGAUGAAAACUUUUUCUGUUCGGGUAAUGCUAGCAAAAAAUUAUUGGAUACAUUACAAACACAGAUAUUGUAUAGGAAGAUCGUAAAGGAGAAGGUGCUUGAGGGCAAACUUUUGUAGAUGGGAAAAAUGUUGAUGAUGGUACAAGAAAUAUUGUGUUUAAAAGUUUCCAAUGAUUUGAAAAAAUCUAUUGAAUAUUUUUAUAAUCAACUGUAGGAGAGAACUGAAUAAGUUUACAAAACACAAAAAGUUCUAAAAGUAAAAAAAGGAGCUUUUGUGUACAUAACAAGCAAAUGUUUGAAAGAAACGCAACGAAAAAAUUUGCCAUCUAUUUUUGCUAAAACCAUCUUACAUAAAAUGAAUAAUGAUGAGAAAGAUUUGUAUGUAACAACAAAAUUGAUUAUGAUUGCCAUCUUAAGGUGGCUCUUAAAUUGUCUCGUUGUUGGGAAAACCUUACAUAUAUAUUCAAUUAUCUUUUUAUUUCUCUGUAAAAGUUGUUUCUGUUUCCUUAACGAAAUUUUAAAGAAAUAUUGUUUUGUUCAAUUUUCUAUCAGUCUAACUCCAUUUGUUUUUAAGGAAAUUGUAAUGUUGCCAAGUGACAGUAAAUUUAUUCUAAUUUGUGUUUUGUGUGCAUAAGUUUAUAGCAAUUCUAUUAUUGUUACUAGGAUGUUUUAUUGUGUAUUCUCAAAUAGUUAUUCUUUACAUUUUUUUCUAGUUCAGUUACAUCUGUGAAAUGUCGACAAAAGUGAAACACCUAUUUUACAAUUUCAUACAAAGUAAAAAGUAACGCUAAAUAUUUAUUUUUGUCACUAUUGGAAAUAUACUUCAGGGUAUAUUAUUUUUACUAUUUUGUGUUUAAUUUUUUUUAGUUAAAUUUAAGUUUAAUUUGCCUUAAUAGUUAGUUAUGAGUUAGAAACCAAUACUAUCCUCAUAGACAAGAUGGUAAUAAACUGGUUAACAGUUGUUUAUCACUUUUUUAGUCAGAAAUGAAAACCCAGGAUGGGCUGUAGAAAGGAGCUUAUU